AUGCAGAGGAAACUGGAACUUGUUGAUUUUACUUGCUUCUACGAGUUUUGCACUUAUUUACUCGGCGCUGCAGGUGCUUUGCUUGAAAGCGAUGUCGUAAAGACAAGACCAAACAAUACAAGGGCUUACAAAGAAGAAUGGUCCUGGAAGGACCUUGUCUUGACUAUCUGGCUAUUUACCGCGGAUGACUUUACCACAUUUGUCAUACCUGAAACAGCAUUCGGGAUAUGCGCCGCUCUUUCCGGGCCGCUUCUGACGGACGAUAACACUCCGGACUUACUCUCAGUCGUUAGUCGGAUACCCAUUGUCAUGCUCUGGAACUGGCUAAACCUGUUUGUGUUUAACCUGGCGAAUCAAAGGCACCCGGACUCCGUGGCAGAAGAUAAGAUCAACCGACCCUGGAGACCACUACCGGCAGGUCGGAUCAGCAUCCUGCAGACUCGCCGGUUGCUUCUACUUGCAAUUCCAAUGGUGCUCGCAUCCAGCGUGUAUCUAGGUGCAUGGGAGGAGACUGCUCUCCUUUACACCCUUAACUGGGUAUACAAUGACCUCAGCGGUGGUGACGACGGGUUCAUUCUACGGAAUGUCCUUCUUGCCCUCGCGUUCAGCCAAUACAACAAGGGAUCAUUACGUGUUGCGACCGGAACUGGAUUCGAUAUACUCCCUAGAGCAUGGCGGUGGAUCUGGGUCACCAGUGCCGUGAUCGGCACGACGAUGCAUAUUCAAGAUAUCAAGGACGUGGAAGGAGACCGUGCCAAGAACCGCCGGACAAUGCCCAUUGUGAUGGGUGACGGGCCGGCCCGGUGGUCCGUUGCAGUUCCUGUUGCAAUUUGGUCCGUUGUUUGUCCUGCGUUUUGGGAGCUAGACGUUGCCAGGUACGUUCUCCCGGUUGCGGUGGGAAUGACUAUUGCUGGGAGGAUC